UUUCCCAUUUUAAUCAUGCUGACAGCGCUGCUGCAAAGAUGGUCAAUGUUCCGAAGACCCGAAGGGCUUUCUGCAACAAGUGUGGGAAGCAUCAGCCUCACAAAGUGACCCAGUAUAAGAAGGGCAAGGAUUCCCUGUAUGCCCAGGGAAAGAGGUCCUACGAUCGGAAGCAGAGUGGCUAUGGUGGGCAGAUGAAGCCAAUUUUCCGGAAGAAGGCUAAAACCACAAAGAAGAUUGUGCUGAGGCUUGAAUGUGUUGAACCCAACUGCAGGUCCAAGAGGAUGCUGGCCAUUAAAAGAUGCAAGCAUUGUGAAUUGGGAGGAGAUAAGAAGAGAAAGGGCCAAGUGAUCCAAUUCUAAGUUUUCAAGAAGAAAACG